AUGUAUCCUCUCGAAACCUUUUCAAUCACUACCUGCUAUGAAUCAGAAUAUGAUGUUCUAAUAAAAGUUGGAAAACUACCCCACGAAAUAAGUUUUUUCCAAGCACACUCGCACAUAUUAUGCGAAAGAUCAGCAUACUUCAACGUAGCAUUAUCAAAUACUUGGGCCAAGAGGAAUGACAAAGUGUAUCUAUUUAGCAAAGAGAACAUUUCGGCCAAAGUCUUCAAUAUACUCCUCGGGUAUAUUUAUAGUAAGACUAUUGAUCUGGUGAAUUUGGGACCGCAAUUGACUUUGGAUUUAUUGAUUGCCGCAGAUGAACUUAUAUUCGAGGAUAUUUUAGAGUCUGUGCAAACUUAUCUGGUAUCAGUAAAGCCAAAUUGGAUAAACGAGCAUUUAAUUGACAUUUUGAAUACUGUCACACCGCGUAUAACCACUUGUCGAAAACUGUUUGAUUAUUGUUGGAAUUAUGUGAUUGCUUGUAAUCCCGAGAUCUUGUUUGAUCCAUCGAAUCUUUCGAAACUCAACGAAACGGCACUCACCACAAUUCUACAAAGUGACGACUUGCCAAUGAAAGAAAUCGAUAUCUGGAAUUACCUGAUCGAUUGGGCAAGAUCAAAAGUGAUAGAUAACAAUAAUUACGAGAAUGCAGAAAAAUUAUUAAAAAACACUAUUUCAAUAUUUUUCUCGCUUAUAAGGUUCAAUCAUAUUAACAAUAAUGAAUUCAUCACCAAAGUUCUACCGUAUAUUAAAUUCCUGCCAGAAAAUCUUGCUCGAGAUUAUAUUCUUUUUCAUGCUGAAGGUGUCACACCAACUACAUUUUCUAUUUUACCGCCGCGGCUUCCGCAAAUACGGAUAAACUCUAGCAUCCUAAAACCCAAACAGGCAAUACUGUUAGCUUCAUGGAUAGACGGAAAAUCCACCAUCGAAGGACCAGUUGCGUAUUCUUUUCGAAAGCUAUAUCACGCAAGUAAAGAUGGAGUCUCAAAUAAGGAAUUCCAUCGUUACUGCGAUAAAGCUGGUCCGACAAUAGUAAUUCUGAAAAUAUCUAAUGAUGAUGACAAUGAUGGUAAAGAUCUAGUAAUUGGUGGAUAUAAUCCUGUGAUUAAUGGAUGGCGACGAGGAUGGUUUUCAUCUAUACGUGGCAAAUCUUCGGCAUUUCUGUUCUCAUUUAAUAAUAACGAUAAUAGGAAAAUGGAUGGCAAAGAUGCGAAAAUCAGUAGAAUACGCGAACAAUUUAUCCAACAAGGUAUUUACGAUCAUCCCGGGGAUGGAAUUUGUUUUGGAAGUGGUCCCGAUUUAUGGAUAAAUCUUAAUGAUUGUAACAAAAAAGUUGGACAAUGCAUGCAACGUGCCUAUACUUUUGGGGUUAAAGAAAAGCGAGGGUUCUUUUAUUGGGAUGAUUUAGAAGUGUUUGAGGUCCAGCCUGUUAAAUCCUUAUAA